GAAGGGAUACAAGGACCAGAAAGCAGCAUGUCAGACCAGUCGGAGUUUGACACAGACGUAUGGACCCUGACCCGGUUUGUCAUUGAGACUGGGCGCCAGGCGAAGGGGGCGACUGGUGAACUGACCCAGCUCAUCAAUGCCAUACUGACUGCAAUCAAAGCCAUCUCGUCUGCUGUGCGUAAGGCAGGGCUGGUCCACCUGCAGGGCUUGGCGGGCUCAGUGAACGUGACAGGGGACGAUGUGAAGAAGCUGGACGUGCUGUCCAACGAGAUGGUCAUCAACAUGCUGCAGGCCUCCUACAGCACGUGCUGCAUGGUGUCUGAGGAGAACGAGAAGCUCAUCGUCACUCCCAAAGAGAAGAGGGGGAAGUACGUGGUCUGUUUUGAUCCUCUGGACGGCUCCAGUAAUAUCGACUGCUUGGCUUCCAUCGGCACCAUAUUUGCUAUUUACAAACGGACAUCGGAGGGGGAGCCCACAGAAAAAGAUGCCCUGCAGCCAGGAAAGAACAUCGUGUGUGCAGGAUACACCCUGUACGGCAGCGCCACACUGGUGGCCCUCAGCACUGGCAGCGGCCUCAACUUCUUCAUGUUGGACCCGGCCAUCGGUGAGUUCAUCCUGAUUGAGAGGAACGUGAAGAUCAAGCCAAGGGGGAAGAUUUACAGUCUAAACGAGGGCUACGCCAAGUACUUCCACCCCUCUAUCAACGAGUACCUCAAGCACAAGAAGUACCCAGAAGAUGGCAGUGCCCCGUACGGAGCUCGUUAUGUGGGCUCUAUGGUCUCAGAUAUUCACCGCACCAUUGCCUAUGGAGGAAUCUUCAUGUACCCCGCAAAUGAGAAGAGCCCCAAAGGAAAGCUGCGGCUGCUGUACGAGUGCAACCCCAUCGCUUACCUCAUCGAGCAGGCCGGAGGCAUCGCCACCACCGGCACUGAGAGGAUCCUGGACAUCCAGCCCCAAGCGCUCCAUCAGCGGGUUCCCUUUGUGGUCGGCUCCCCUGAUGACGUCAACGAGUACCUGACCUUUGUCAAGAAGUACCAGUGAUUUACGCUGGGAUUCUCACAAUGUUUCUAUAAAAGGCCAGACUUUUGUUUCAUCAUGCCGAGAAGGUUAUUUUUGGAUCUGUAUGUAAGAAGUGUGAGAGUUAUUAUAAAUGUAUGAGAUGUCAAAUCUCGUAGAAUUGUAGAAUACUUGAAUGUUAUAAUAUCAAAUAUAAUAUUAAAACCAGAUAAUUUUUCUAUAAUGGCAGAAUUAUGCUACAUAGAAAUAGAAAUAGAGUUACUGAUCAGUAUGACAGAUAAUGUGUGAUCAUCAGAAGUUUGUUCUCUGCAGCUUGUCCUUUUCAAAGUCAUUAAACAGGAUUUUUAAAAUCAAAUGAUCACUGUGUUCCCCUGCCAAAUGUUUUUGGAGUUUCGACAUUAAAAAAACUGCUGAAUGUUUCUCAGCUUGUGCAACAUGUCCUGUAUAUAUAUAUAUAUAUUUCCCAUAAGGAGAAAGAGGAAGAAAUCAGUUUCUUAUUCACGAAUGAUGUAUUUUUGAAUCUUUAUUGACACGGUGAAAAGCUGCGCAGAGAUUCUCAUUUUGAGCAACAUCCUGAAACAGUUAAAUUAAGCAGCUGAUUAGAGAAAGUUGUCACGUGUUCACUUCACUCAGCUACAUGUUCUCAUCUGAUGCACAGUUCAGGUCACGAUCCGUCUCACUGCACCUUCAUGGAGCAAAUGAUCCGACUGAUUUUAUUUGUUCUCCAAAUUACAAAAUCAUAGAUAAAUGAUUUUAUUUUUUGCAUUUAAGUGAUUUAAAUUAGAUAGUAAAAGGUGUUUUGUCACAAAUUACAGUUAAAACGUCUCCAGGUGAAACUCUUUCUGACUCUGGAGUUUAAUUUGUAGAAACAUACAUUUUCACACUGUUAAUGAUACACUGUUAAUGGAUCCCUCUUUUGUUACCCUAUUUCCGUCUUUCUUUAGUUGUCUCCAUCUUUCCGUCUUUUGUUUCUUUCUCUUGUGUCCUUGUUUCAUUGCAUUUUUCUGAGUUAACAGGCACAAAUACUGAUAAAUAAAUGCAUAGAAUCUCCUGUAUUUUAUUCAUUUAGUUAACUGUACAAUUAUACUGUCUGCACAUUUGAUGCAAUGCCAGGAUGAAAAAAUCUGUACAC